GCACACGUGUUAACUUAACGCAUCUAGGGGGCAACAGCGAGCGAAGCUACCGACAACCAGGUUGGAAAGUGCAUCAAAAAUGAAAGCUGUCGAUUAACUUUACAUUUUUAUAACCGUCCAGACACGGAGAUCCUUCGCUGAACAAACCCUUAUCUUGUCGUUUUUCUGCCUGGAAACAUCCAGUGGGUUAAACUGACAGCCAUCGGGCCUCGUCUUCGUGGCCCAGCAGGACUCGAGUGAAGUUGGGAGCGGACUGCCAAACUUCUGCUUCCUUCGGCGGCUCUCCGCAGGGCCCGGGGCUCCUGUCACCGGGCCUGUGGAUGAGGAAGUGAAUACAAAUCUAACAAACCACCAGGAGAAAGGAAUCCCUUUGAUGGGAGAAUCCUCUUUCCUGGCCUCCUGGGUCAAUCGCCGUGCCAUGAUGAUGGAUGAGCAGGAGGCGCUGAACUCGAUCAUGCAGGACUUGGCCGAACUGCACCGCUCCAGCCGUCCUGCCAUGUUCCUGUCGGACCUGGGCAAACCCAAAGCCUCGUCGCCCAAGAACCAGAACGAUGUCAGAGUGAAGUUCGAGUUCAAAGGGGAGAAGAGGAUCUUGCAGUUCCCACGACCCGUCAAGCUGGACGACUUGAGGGCGAAAGCUAAAGUGGCUUUCGGUCAGACGAUGGACCUUCACUACACCAACAAUGAGUUGGUGAUUCCGCUGACCACUCAGGACGACCUGGACAAGGCCGUGGAGCUGCUCGAUCGCAGCGUUCACAUGAAGAGUCUGAAGAUCCUGCUGGUGCUCCAGGUCUUCUCUCAGAACUCCUCCUCCAGUAUGGACCUGUUGCCGUCCCACGAGGAGCUGGACAACACCGGGUUCAGGGUCGCUGACAAGAAGAGCAUGCUGGCUUUGAUAGGCUCUCAUUCGACGGACCGCAGCUCCCCGCCUCCGGGUUAUAUUCCCGACGCGCUCCAGCAGGUGGCGAGAAACGGCUCCUUCACCAGCAUCAACAGCGAGGGAGAGUUCAUUCCUGAGUCCAUGGACCAGAUGCUCGACCCGCUGUCCAUGAGCAGUCCAGAAAACUCCGCAUCGGGAAGUUGUCCCUCUCUGGACAGCCCUCUGGACAGCGACUACCCAAAGUCCAGGAUGCCCCGGGCACAGAGCUACCCAGACAACCACCAGGACUUUCCAGAGUACGACAUCCCGGUUUUUGAGAAGUCGGGGAAAGGUGGAACGUACCCUCGGCGAUACGGCAUUCCCUUCGGCCUCCAAGACUACAGUGAUGGGAGGAAGACCUUCCCUCGGGCCCGGCGAACGCAGGUUCACGGCUUCCGCUCGCCCGUCAGCUUCAGCCCCACCGAGCAGUCGCCCAGCACCAGCAGCGGCAGCAGCGUCUUCACGCCCGACCUGGAGGAGGUCCCGGGGCCCGCCAGGAGGCCGCGGAGGGGCAGCGACAUCGAACCGAACCCCAACCCGACUGCCGCUCCAACCCUGUCUGUGAUGGACAUCAGUCCACCCAGCCGCUCUCCACGCGCCCCGACCAACUGGAGACUCGGAAAGCUCCUGGGUCAGGGGGCCUUCGGACGGGUUUUCCUCUGUUAUGAUGCAGAUACUGGCAGGGAACUGGCGGUCAAGCAGGUCCAGUUUGACCCGGAGAGCCCAGAGACCAGUAAGGAGGUGAGCGCGUUAGAGUGUGAAAUCCAGCUGCUGAAGAACCUGUGCCACGAGCGGAUUGUCCAGUACUACGGCUGUCUGCGAGACACGAUGGAGCGAACGCUCUCCAUCUUCAUGGAGUACAUGCCGGGCGGCUCCAUUAAGGACCAGCUGAAGUCGUACGGAGCGCUGACGGAAAACGUGACGCGCCGCUACACCCGGCAGAUCCUGGAGGGGGUGUCCUACCUGCACAGCAACAUGAUUGUCCACAGAGACAUCAAAGGUGCCAACAUCCUUCGGGACUCGGUGGGGAACGUGAAGCUGGGAGACUUUGGGGCCAGCCGGCGGCUGCAGACCAUCUGUCUGUCAGGAACAGGCAUCAUGUCUGUGACCGGCACCCCCUACUGGAUGAGCCCAGAAGUGAUCAGUGGGGAAGGCUACGGCAGGAAGGCUGACAUCUGGAGUGUUGGCUGCACUGUGGUGGAGAUGCUGACGCAGCGACCCCCGUGGGCCGAGUUUGAGGCCAUGGCGGCCAUCUUUAAGAUCGCCACCCAGCCCACCAACCCCGUGCUCCCCGCCCACGUGUCGGACCACUGCCGAGAGUUCCUCAAACGGAUCUUUGUAGAGACCAAGCAGCGUCCGUCUGCUGAUGACCUGCUGAGGCACAUCUUUGUACAUUAGCCCGACCCCUGAACCUUUGACCCCCGCUGCUGAACGGCCAGAUUACCUGAUGGGGCCUCUGACCCCGCCCUCUCCACCUCCAUGCUGACACCUUAUUACACCCGGAGGGAACUGGCUGGAAGGAGGUGGGACGUGCGGCGGGGGGAGGGGGAGUGGCGUACCUGCUCCUCCUGUCUCUGUUUGUAUGAGACUGCCAUAAAAGACAUUUUAUUUUAUUUUUCUCCGCAAGUUGCACCUUAUUUUCUCAAACAAGGAGAGGUCGAGCACUUCCUCCUGAAAAAACGACUCUUUGAAACCUUUUUUUAGAUGUUUGUACGGUUUGUCCCUCGGGAUGUUUUGGAGUGGGAUAGUGUCGGUGUUGUGGACCUACAGGAGGUGACGUCUGACUCGUGAGUGGCCCCGCCCCCGACCCCAGAAUGUAGUCUCCUGCCAAAAACCCAGAGCUGGGCCCGCUGCUACAGACGAAAUCUCAAUCCCAGAUGCAGAGAACACUCCCCGAGAACGGUUUCCACUCCCUCACCUCCCUUUCUGGUCUCACUUUGUCUUUCUCUGCUUCGCCGUCUGUAAACUGCCUUCCCUCCUCUUCCUCUCCCGUCUUUGUUCUUCGCCGUGUGCCUUUUCUGUUUUUUAAACGCAGUGUAGGAGGGAGUCCUUUGGAAUUCUUCGCCGUUAUUUCACGCAAGUGUUGUUUUGCCUCCCGGAUAAACUGCCUUCUCACCGUUAACCCAAAUCCAGCUGAUCUCAGUUCAGCCGUUAUGUCCGUUUUUGCCUUUCUGUAACAGGAGCGUCCUGAUCUCGGCUCCUUUGGUUCGUUGGCCUGCCCUGCGCGCCUGCUCUGGCUGGAGACCAGAUAUCCCUCAGACUUUGUGCUGGUUCUCCUGCUUCGGUUCUCAGAGGUGGCGACGGUGUCCAGAUGGUUUUACCUCUUCAAAUGCAGCCUUUUGCUCGGCUUCUCAGAGUUCACAGGCCGCUCUUCCUGUGGCAGAUCAGAUAAUUAAUCAGUCAACUUCAAAUCCAGCAGCAUGCAGGAGUCAGUCUGCAAUAAUCAUGCGGACGCCAUACAAGAACAUCAACUGAAAAGUUCCAGCUUUUCAAAUUUGAAUUUGUUCCUUCAGCGGUCUGUGAAUGGGGUUUGGUCCAGGAAAGCAUCAGGCUGAAGUGUGUGAAUUCAUCACUGCUCCCCCACCAGGUGUUUCUCACUGCUCUGAUGUUCCCUGAAAUCACCUCAGUUAUUAUUUAAAUCGAGAAGCGUCUGCUCGGGAGAAGACAAACGAGGCCAAGAAUGUGACCUCUGGUGCUCUCGUGGCUCACCUCACUUGAAGCAGUGACGCAGGUGAGGCGCAUUUGAAGACUGUCCACCUGCUGCAAGGCGAGGAGCUCGCAGCUGAUUGGCCAGAGGUCUGGCUGCAUGACGCUGUCCUGCUGUUUUUCCUUCGUGUCUCCCUCGCCGCUCGUCACUGAACCAUCGGGUACGUUUACAGAUGACGUGUCCGCUGCAGUCGCCACCUUUUUCCAGCCGCGGCGUCAUCACUGUGCCAUAUCGGAGCGCUCGCUUCCUGCGGCGUCGUCUGGCUUUUCCGCCUCGUGGGCACUCGUUUACAGCAUCCCACAGCUCCGCUCCUGUACAGCAGUCAGCGCCGCAGCCGCUGCUGUUGCCAAAUCCAAUGCAUCAAAGUUAACUCGUCACUUUAGCCAAACCACAAACGCUCCGUUCGGCACGUGUCCUGCUCGGCUCUCAUCGUGGUUUCCUCCGGCUUCAGAACUAUGCACCAGGAAGCUGUAAAGUUUCUACAGCCUGUGACGCCUCGGCUGAUGCCGCGGGAGUCGUGAUGUUACUGGGCAGCUCGUUUAGGUUGAGUCAGACCGGAAGCUGGAGUGACUUCACUCCUGCAAAGAGCCAUUUCAAGGUGCGUUCAGCCAUGUUUGACCAGGCUGCUGCAGACUUUACUGGAAGCUUUCACCGUUGUUUUAACAGAGCACUUCUUCCUGGUAAGCUCCUCGCUGGUACCAAACUGAAAAAUUAACCCAACAGCAAACCUGAGAAAUGAUUUGUCUGCCUGUCGUAGUUCUCGUUGUGGUCACUAGAUUUUGUUGAAGAGACAUUUUACUGAUUACACUUUUUGAAAGGAGGACAACAGUUUGUCCAUGUUGAGUCACGAUGUCAGUGUGAGAAGGAUUGAACCCGCCCUGAACCUUGGUCUCAGUUCACGUGUUCCCUCUUGUGGCACCUUGGCUGCCUGUAGUGAGUGUCCAGCUGCAGGUGUGCGUCUGUGAUCAGCCGAUGGACCCACACGGGUUGUAGAAACUUGUCUCCUUUGUCCACAUCGCUGAGACAAACUCAAGUGUAUGCAUUUUCUCAACGGUACGUGUUCAGACCCACAGAAAAGAGAAAUGCUUGGUAGAUUUUUCUUUUUUUUUUUUGCAAAUCAGCCUCCUGUCAUGGAAACAUUAGUGUUUGUGUUGAGUUUGAGGCGGCUUUCAGUAAACUGUCUGGUACAGAUGGAGAUUGAGUCGUGAAUGCCGCCAGCACUGGCAAACCUUGAUACGCACUACCAUUAUGCACUAUGGAUGACUCACUGAUGCUUUCCCACCAUCCCUCAUCAGCUGUCGCUCGUGCAGCUCGGUUCAGCGACCUUUUCUUUGCACAUUUUAAAGACUGUUUUUUUAUUUUUACACAAGUGUGACUGUGAGUGGAUGCGUAUUUGUGUGUGUGUUAGCAAUGACUCGGUACAUGAAUGUAAUGUCUCUUUGUUUUUACCGUCAGAUGGCCUCGUUCACCACCGUGGAUUAACUCUUAGGUACCAGUAUUCGUCACCUGCAAACGCCAAGAUACACCUGUAGUUCUCUCUCUAGUGUCUAAAGCCACUGCUGCCACUCCUGUGUGUGUGUGUACGAGUGUGUGUGUGUGUGUGUGUGUGUGUACGAGUGAGAGUGUCAGUUUGUUAACGUGUAUUUACUGCAGUUCGUGCUCUUUGGACACUGCGCCCGAAAUGCCUUGAGCAUUCAGACUGUAGGGGGUGAGAACAUUUAAAUAAUAAUAAUUAAAAAAAUGAAAUGGAAAAAAAAAUCAUGUACAAAUGUAUAAAGUGAAAACGUACCCCCCUUUUUUUUAAAAAGAAAAAAGUCCACUUAUGUCCCACGUUUGGUCUCUGUGUCUUGUAAAGGAAGCCAUGUUUAUAAUUCUGAUUGGUUUGUGACCAAUACGCCUGUUUAUAUCAGAUCUGUAUAUCAGUGGUACGCAUAAUUUUUUAAUAUAUAUUUUUUAUUUUACUUUGUUUUUUUUUUAAUGGGAGAUUUUAUGCAUGGUUGGGUCCUGAGAGACGCAGCAGUGCCGUUGAAUGGUUGCUGUUUUUUGGCAAAAAAAAGAAAUUCUGGAGUAUUGCGACAGCUCUGUGUUCAUAAUUAAAAACAAUUAUGACUGACAAUGAAAACAAUAAAAGAUAUUUAUUUCACA